AUGUCGAGGUCUCUCCCCGGCGAGAAGGAAGUUCGUUCUGGCAGGGUUUGGUUUGCCGCGUGGUCGGAUGCUGAGGAGGGAGUGGCUGCUGGGCCUGAGGCAGUGGGGGAAACUGUUGUUGAUACUGAUACUGGGAAACUUGGUGCAACACUUGCUGCUGAUAAAGUUGAAGCUGCUGGAACUGCUGCAUUUGAUCUGUUAACUUGUGCAUGGAAUGCAGCUAUCGAUCUGCUACAGAAUUUGGAAGUGCGGGCAAUCAUAGGACCAGAAACAGCAGCCUUGACUAAUUUCAUUGUUGAUCUUGGAGAUAGAACUCAUGUGCCAAUUAUAUCUUUCUCUGUGAAUAGCCUCUUUUCAUCCUUAAUCCCAAGUCCUUAUUUCAUCCAAGCAGUGCAGAAUGAAGUCUCCCAGGUAAAAGUAAUUUCCACCAUGAUUCAAGCAUUUGGAUGGAGGGCAGCCACUCUAAUAUAUGAGGAUACUGAUUAUGGAAGUGGUAUUAUACCUUAUCUGACGGAUGCCUUCCAAGAAAUAGAUAUUAGCAUCUCAUAUAAGAGUGUUAUUUCUAUUAGUGCUACAGAUGAUCAAAUCCUGAAAGAACUCUAUAAGUUGAUGACUAUGCAGACAAGAGUAUUUAUUGUGCACAUGUACUCUACACUUGGCUCACGCCUUUUUCUCAAGGCAAAAGAGGUGGGAAUGAUCACCAGAGGGUAUGCAUGGAUUAUCACAAGUAGGCUUGCAAAUUUAAUAGAUUCAGUGGACUCCUCAGUUCUUGAUUCAAUGCAAGGAGUGCUUGGGGUAAGAUCUUACAUUCCCAGAUCAAGGAAACUUGAUGAUUUCAUAUUCAGAUGGAAAACAAAUGAUGUAGAAAAUAGACAAACCAUGGGAAGUGGUAAGAUAAAUAUCUUUGGAUUGUGGGCAUAUGAUGCAGCUUGGGCACUUGCAGUGGCUGUAGAGAGGACAGAAAGGGUUAAUUCUUACUUCCAAAGGCCAUCUAUUGACAAAGGCUUGACCAACCUAUUGACUCUGGGAAUAUCUCCUGUCGGUCCAAAGCUUCUUAAUGAGAUCUUAAAAGCUGAGUUCAAAGGUCUAGGUGGUGAAUUCCACUUCAUAAAUGGACAAUUACAACCAUCUCGUUUACAGAUAAUCAAUGUGAAUGGAAGAGAGGAAAAGGAAAUUGCAUGUUGGUCCCCAUCAAAUGAUCUUUCCGGAGGACCAAACCUGAAUAGCACAAAAACAUAUGCUUUUUUCCUGGCAAGUCUAAAAUCUCCUGUUGUCUGGCCAGGCAAAUCAACAGAGGUGCCUAGAGGCUGGGAAAUGCCAACUAGUGGGAAGAAGCUGAGGAUUGGUGUUCCAGUUUGGGGAUUCAAAGAAUUUGUGAAUAUGGAAAAGAAUGUUUACAACAAUUCUACAAAAUUCUCUGGCUUUUGCAUAGACUUGUUCGAAGCAGUAGUGAAGGAAUUACCAUAUGCUUUGCCGUUUGAGUUUGUCCCAUUUUCUGGGAGUUACGAUGAUCUUAUUUACCAAGUCUAUCUUCAGGAGACGAUGUUCCCUGCAACCAAGGCAUAG